AAAAAACAAAUCAACCUGGAUGGCCCCAACAGACACGAGUUAAUCUCCAUCUCAAACCUCACCACGUACGUGCACCUGCUCCCGAUCGUAACCGCGUAUGAUGGCUGGCGCGGCCGAGGACUUCGCCGUGCGCGCCCGCGGCAUGGAGGGAUUAGGCGACGAUGGGGACGUGGCCCUUGGCUACCCGCUGAUCGACGACGUCGAGCGCGGGCAGAGGAAGCCGGCGGCCGUCGUCGGUUACCCGCUGCCGCCGGAGGGAACGGAUCCACGACCGUCGUCGGCGACGAGAAGACCACCACCCCGUGACAAGUGCACCUCCUGCAAGAUGUUCACCAAGGGUUUUCUGGUUACCCUGGGGACCGUGUUGAUCACCGAUUUUGUCCUGGGCGGCUUGAUUCUCAAGAAAGCACCGCAUCCCCUCUUGGUGUUGUUAUGCUCGCCCUUUUAUCCUUUUGUCUGUGCUGGGCUUAUCAUGCUGAUUGCCAACUGUGAAACGUCAGAAUCACACGUUCAGGACGGCUAGACAAAACAGAAAUAGCUUGGCUAGGUUAAGUUGAUGGGAGCCGCUAAACCUGUUCUUCAUUCUCUAGCUAGAUAUUCCAGGGGUGUUCUUUCUUGUUGGACUUUAUAGAAUUGUACUUUCUAUAAACAAGUGCAAGACAUUUUAAUGACCUAAAACGUCUUAUAUUUGUGUACAGAGAGAGUAUUUCUUUCAAAUUUUUCUGUAUGUGGUUUG